CAAUAUCCCCAGACUUUCCCCUCCCCCAAUGGCCUCAGUAGCUCGGUCGCUGGGCCGCUCGGCCUUCUUCCUGGCCCGGAGAGGGCCUAUCUUCACCCCCGUCCGCCAAUUCUCCGCGACGCCCAUCUCCCUCGUCUCAGAAGAUCCGCCCGUCCCUGAGGAGCCCAAGCGCCCUCGUCCGCAGGACCUGCCCCCGGCACCCGAAUACUCGCCUGAUUUCCUCUCGAAAGAGGAGCGGGAGCAAUAUGACUUGAUGUCUCCGGAAGAGCGAAAGGCGUUCGACGAAGCGAACCGUGCUCUUGUCUCCGAAUACAACGACCCCCAGGCCCGUGCCGCCAUGUUCGCCGAGCUCGACAAGGAAGUCUUCCAGAUCGAAAGAGAAACACAUAUGCGUUUCGAGGCCCCAAGAGUCAGAUCGAACGGCUUCUGGGCGGAAGAUGAACCAGAUGAUCUGGCUCUCGUUGAGGACGGCGAUGAGGAUUUCAACGAUGACGAAAUGACGAGCAUGGCCUACGCACAACUCGAACAGCAUCGUGAAAUCAGAGAAUACGCUCGAAUCGCCGCUUGGGAUAUGCCAUUGUUGAGCGAGCUCGCCAAACCCUUCACCCUCCCCCCCGAAUCUCACAUCCUCCGCUUCCGCUACACAACAUACAUGGGCGAGCAGCACCCCGCCGAACCCAAGGUCGUUGUGGAGCUGUCCUCCAAAGAUCUGACCCCCAAAUACCUCACCGAAGCGCAACGCCAGACCUUCCUCAAACUCGUCGGUGUCCGCUACAACCCCCAAACCGAUAUUGUGCGCAUGUCCUGCGAGAAAUUCCCGCUCCGCGCCCAAAACAAGCGUUACCUUGGUGACACCAUCAAGUCAUUGAUCAAGGAAGCGAAGGAGGGGGACUCGUUCGCCGACGUCCCUCUCGAUCUGCGUCACCACAAGCCCAAGGUUACGCACCGCUUCCCCGAGUCUUGGGUUAUGACACCCGAGCGCAAGAAGCAGCUGGAGGCCACUCGUGCUGAGAGACAGCGUCAGGAGCAAGAGCGGGUGGACGGCAACAAGGUCGUUCUGCAGGCGGCGCGGACCCUGCCGGCUUUGAACCCUGCGUUGAACGCAAAGGCCACGGAAGAGCGGGAGAAGGUUGCGGUGAAGGUCAAUGCAAAGGCUCAGAGGAAGAGGGUUCGGUGAACUGAGCAUUGAGCUGUGAUGAGUUCUGGAGGGAAUUCUAGGGAAACAAACACCACGCCUCACUUCCACCAUGAUCGUUAUUCACUUACGAGAAACGGAGGGAGUAUGUCCAUAUGGUAACCUGAUGUGUCUGUUUUCGAGGGUAUACUGUAGUAUUUUCUUUGACCUGUGUAAGCUCAAACAAAACAGGGC